GCCGGUUACAAGAGGACACCAAAGCUCCACCAAAAACAAAUGCAACGCAAACCAACGUUACCAUCUGCCAACAGAAGACCCAGAAUCCGACAUGUUCACCCUCUUGAUCCCCAAAAGCCCGACAUCAGAGCAACAGCACCAACAACCAAACCAAACCCAGAAACCCCACACAAACCAUCUCUCUCUUGUCGUCAGAGAAGUAAAGUCUAUUGCUCAAAUAGCUCUUCCUAUGAUACUCACGGGCUUUUUACUCUACUCUCGUUCAAUGAUCUCUAUGCUCUUCCUCGGCCACCUAGGCGAGCUCACCUUAGCCGGCGGUUCGCUUGCCGUUGGCUUCGCUAAUAUCGCUGGCUAUUCAAUUCUUUCUGGACUUGCCAUGGGAAUGGAGCCCAUUUGUGGCCAAGCUUUUGGUGCCAAGAAACACACCGUCCUCGGUCUUUCCUUGCAAAGAACGGUGCUUUUGCUCAUGCUUACUUCAUUUCCAAUAGCUAUUCUAUGGUUUAACAUGAAGAGAAUUCUACUCUUUUGUGGCCAAGAUGAAGGAAUAGCUACAGAAGCUCAAUCAUACCUUUUGUAUUCUCUCCCUGACCUCUUAACUCAAUCUCUACUACACCCACUUCGAAUAUAUCUUCGAACUCAAUCCAUAACUUUACCUCUAACAUUUUGUGCAACUCUAGCAAGUUUUCUGCAUAUACCAAUAAAUUAUUUUCUUGUUUUAAGGCUUAGUCUAGGGAUUAAAGGUGUUGCUCUUAGUGGUGUUUGGACUAACUUCAAUCUUGUAGCUUCAUUGAUCAUCUACAUACUAAUAUCUGGUGUAUACAAAAAGACAUGGGGAGGGUUGUCAUUCGAGUGCUUGAAAGGCUGGAAAUCUCUGCUAAAUUUAGCCAUUCCAAGCUGCAUUUCUGUGUGCCUCGAAUGGUGGUGGUAUGAAAUCAUGAUAUUGCUUUGUGGGUUUUUGUUGAACCCAAGUGCAACAGUGGCUUCAAUGGGUGUUCUUAUUCAAAUCACCGCACUGAUCUACAUAUUUCCAUCUUCUCUCAGCUUCAGUGUCUCAACCAGGGUGGGAAACGAACUGGGUGCGGGCCGGCCAAUGAAGGCAAAGCUUUCAGCAAUUGUGGCCCUCUCUUGUAGUUUCGUGUUGGGUUUCUCAGCACUCUUGUUUGCAUUUACUGUGAGAAACAUGUGGGCUACCAUGUUCACUCAGGAUAAAGAGAUCAUAGCUUUAACAUCACUGGUUUUGCCAAUAAUUGGACUUUGUGAGUUGGGUAACUGCCCACAAACAACAGGUUGUGGGGUGUUGAGAGGAACAGCAAGGCCUAAAGUUGGAGCAAAUAUUAACUUGGGUUGCUUCUACUUUGUUGGAAUGCCAGUUGCAGUAGGCUUAGCUUUCUUUGCUGGGUUCGACUUUGAAGGGCUGUGGUUGGGUCUCUUCGCCGCCCAGGCCUCGUGUGUGGUGACCAUGCUGGUUGUUUUACUUCGGACAGAUUGGGAAUUUGAAGCGCAGAGAGCUCAACAACUGACUGGAGCCAUAGUUGUUGAUAGCAACGAAGAUGUUGAGGAAGAUAAGCCACUCAAAGCCGAAAACAAGGAAGAUUUUUUGUGUUGA